UUAAGAGAGUGCGUGUCUGCGGUGGGCACAGAGACUGACAUCUCCCCCGCCAGAGCGCAGGGGAGGAUCGGACAAUUACCUGGAGAGAGCAAGGCCCAGCAAGACCAUGUGAAUUGCCCAGCGUCACACAGCAAUUUGGUGGCUGAGCAGGGAUCCCAAGGCUAGAGCUAUUUCUACUACACAUGCUACUUUCAGCUGGAAGCCAGGGAGAUCCUGCCUGCACCCAGCAGGGGGACUGCACGCAUGAACAGCCCAGCCUGCUGACCGCCACUCCACACCUGUCCGUCCGCCCACGGCCACACCAUGUCCGGCUCCUACGAUGAGGCCUCGCUAGCUCCAGAGGAGACCACUGACAGCUUCUGGGAGGUGGGGAACUACAAGCGGACGGUGAAGCGCAUCGAUGACGGGCACCGCCUGUGCAACGACCUGAUGAACUGCGUGCAGGAGCGCGCCAAGAUCGAGAAGGCGUACUCGCAGCAGCUCACCGACUGGGCCAAGCGCUGGCGCCAGCUCAUCGAGAAAGGCCCACAGUAUGGCAGCCUGGAGCGGGCCUGGGGCGCCAUAAUGACGGAGGCGGACAAGGUGAGUGAACUGCACCAGGAGGUGAAGAGCAACCUGUUGAACGAGGACCUGGAGAAGGUCAAGAACUGGCAGAAGGAUGCCUAUCACAAGCAGAUCAUGGGCGGCUUCAAGGAGACCAAGGAGGCUGAAGACGGCUUCCGCAAGGCCCAAAAGCCCUGGGCCAAGAAGAUGAAGGAGCUAGAGGCAGCCAAGAAGGCCUACCAUCUGGCCUGCAAAGAGGAGAAGCUGGCUAUGACCCGGGAGAUGAAUAGUAAGACGGAGCAGUCGGUCACACCUGAGCAGCAAAAGAAGCUGCAGGACAAAGUGGACAAGUGCAAGCAGGAUGUUCAGAAGACACAGGAGAAGUAUGAGAAGGUGCUGGAAGAUGUGGGCAAGACCACUCCCCAGUACAUGGAGGGCAUGGAGCAGGUGUUUGAGCAGUGCCAGCAAUUUGAGGAAAAGCGGCUGGUCUUUCUCAAGGAGGUGCUGCUGGACAUCAAACGUCACCUCAACCUCGCUGAGAAUAGCAGCUAUGUCCACGUGUACCGGGAGCUGGAGCAGGCCAUCCGCGGGGCCGACGCCCAGGAUGACCUCAGAUGGUUCCGCAGCACCAGUGGCCCUGGAAUGCCCAUGAAUUGGCCCCAGUUUGAGGAGUGGAACCCAGACCUCCCUCACACCACCACCAAGAAGGAGAAACAGCCCAAGAAGGCAGAGGGGGUAGCGCUGACCAAUGCCACAGGGGUGGUGGAGUCCACAUCCCAGGCUGGGGACCGUGGCAGUGUUAGCAGCUAUGACAGGGGCCAGCCUUAUGCCACCGAGUGGUCAGAUGAUGAGAGUGGGAAUCCAUUUGGGGGUAAUGAGGCCAACGGGGGCUCCAACCCCUUUGAUGACGAUGCCAAGGGAGUGCGUGUUCGGGCACUCUAUGACUAUGACGGCCAGGAACAGGAUGAGCUCAGCUUCAAGGCUGGAGAUGAGCUCACCAAGCUGGGCGAGGAGGACGAGCAGGGUUGGUGCCGCGGGCGGCUGGACAGUGGGCAGCUGGGCCUCUAUCCCGCCAACUACGUGGAGGCCAUCUAGCCACCCCACUCCCCUCCACACCACCCCUCACUCCUCACCCACCGCCUCCCUUCCCUGCCCACUCUCAUCCUCCUCCCCUCGCCAUAGAGUUCCAGACAUAUUUUCCGAUCAAGCUUUUAUUUUUUUAAAAGUCAAAACAGAACAAAACAAAAAAUACAAAGAGACAGAGCAUUUGCAGGGCCGCCUGGAGGCCAGGGUGAUAGGACUUGGGGUGAUGGCUCCAGGGUAGGUGGGGGUCUUAGGACUUAGCCCAACGGCGACAUCACAACAUCUGCUCUUCAGAUCCCACCAAAGAGUCUCCUGAGCCCUGAGGGAUGUCUCCUGGACCCUCUCUCCUGCCUCAGUCCCCCAGCCUUCCCGUCCCCACCCCAGGCUGCCAGCACCUGCCCCCAGUCUCUAAGCCUGGUUUUAUGACCUCUUCCUCCUGCCCUACCUGGCUCCCCUUCCACAAACCUAACCCUCAAAGUCCUCCCUGUCUUUAGUCUUCCACUUUGCCCCUGGGGAGCCCUUCUUCUAGUCUCACCCCUCAAGACUGUGGGGCUGGAGGAGGGAUGGUCACCCUCUUAUCCCAGAGGUUUCCAGGGGUCCCUGGACUCCCCAAGACACGAAGAGGGGUGAGCUGGAGUUGGUGACAGUGUCGCUGGAGGGUAGAAGGGUGAGUGAACAGGGAGCAGGCCCUCGGCCCUCCCAGCACCAGACUCAGCUGAGGGGCAAGACCCUGCUGGGGCCCUUCUUUCCAGCUGUCAGCACGUUGGGCACUGGCUCUUCCUCAGAGCUAGACCCCUUAGUCACUCGCAGAGACCCCCGCUCCCUCUCAGAAGUCCUCAGGCAGCAGGGAGGGACCCCAAAGCCCAGGGCAAAGCCAGCAACAGUAGCAGCCUCCUCCCAUUUCCUGGGGAGGAGGACAUAUUGCCCACCCACCUUCCUUCCCUCCAUGUCCAUCUAAAACCCUAGAACCACUAGGCUAAGCCAGCCUCCCAUCCUUCUUUCCCCUUCUGUGGCCUGCCUGCAGAGACACUGUGGGCCCAGGGGAACUACCAGCCUGGGACUGGCAGGGGAGAGCCUGCAGCCAAUGGGAGUGGCCUGGGUUUGCAAGAGGGGGGAGCCCUGGCCCUCAGGAGCAGGACAGUCGCCAUGUCUUUAUUCCUUGUCCCUUCCCCGCCCCCAACCCCAGCCCUGGCCCCUGGCAGCCCGUCCUGCUGGCAGCCCCUCCAUUUCUCCAAGCCUGGGUAUCAGUUUAAGGACUUUGGGGGAUGGGAGGAGGCCAACGGCCUCCGGAGAGCAGGAGCGCUUCCUGUGGUUGGUGAGAGAGUGGUGCUGAUUACUAGGGAUUCAUACCAGGUACCAACCAGCCUUGCCCAUACGAGUCGGGCAGGAGUGCUUGGGAAGCAGACCAGGGCAGGACAAGACCCCACAAGGUAAGGGAAUGGCUAGAGGAGGAGUUUCUCGGGAACCUCCCCCAUGAGGCCCUGAGACUUCCUGUAGCACCAGGUGAGACUUGCUUACAGCUGAUGCUACUCCUGGGCCUCAGGUCUGCAGACGCCCUACCUGCUCCUACAGCACCAGACCCCCUGGCCUCCAGGUAAAGACAGUGUGAUACCCCAGCCCCUCUGUCACCCCUCAGUCCUCUUUUGCUCCCCGCUUCUUCCAACAGCCUACUUAGGAGGUUGCAGGCCCCACCUCAAGGCCUUGACCUGUACAUGUGGGCACAGAGGAUCCUGGCAGAUUCACAGGGGCCUGAGCUGGGGCAGGCCUCCCUCAGGGCCAGGGGAGUUGGGGGUGGGGUGGGGAUGAUGGCACCCCCAGGGUCAGGCGAACUCCCAGCACCCCCUUUCUUGUCACUGUCUGCUCUCUGGGCCUCUGAGAUGUGCCCUAGGCUGCUCAGAGCCUGAUGCAAGAUUUCUGAAGCCUGGAGCCCUCCCAACUCCAGAACAAAAACUUCCUCAGCCUCUCUUCCAGGCAGGAGUUGGGGUUGGGGGCCUCUGCCCCUCGCCACUUACCCUUGGAAAGCAGAAAGCUGGCACAUCUGCACCUUGGGGCCUGGGCUCCCCCCUCUCUGUGCCAGUGGCUCCCCAGCUCCUGGGUAGGGGCUGUGGCCCUGGCUGGACCCCAGGCCUGUCUCCCUCACCACUCCAGCUGCCCACUCUGGGGCAGGGACUUGAAACCCCAUUCCUUCUGAGCAACCACCUCUACGACUCCAUCUGGGACCACUCUCUCUCAGCCCCCAGGCUCUUCAGGGCACCAGGGUGGGAGGGUCUCCCACCUGGAAGUCCCCCUGAGCCCCAGGGGCCCAGCCCCACCUGUCAGUGCUGGUGUCAAGGUACUCAACACCGAGUGUGGGGGCCAUGCUCGCCGCCUCCCGUAGCCCCCCACCCACCCCCCUUGAUGCUGUGCGGCCCACCUUAUGGGGCUUGGCGAAUACUGUGUUUUGUCCCCAGUUAAGCACCGUUCUGCGGCCCGCCGUCUGCCACCCUAGGCUUCCUAACUCCAUUAGUCCAACACUUGUGAAAUUCUGAGAAGUGCUGUGGUCUCAGCAAUGCACCUGUUUUGUACAUGACUGUGUAAUUUAAAGGUAUAUAAAUACAAAUAUAUAUAUAUAUUUAUAUAUAUAUAUAUAUAAGUUGUUAUUGUAUGACUGUGGAUAAAAUCCAGAACUGUGUCAACCUGGUUGGACGUUGUCAUCUUGAGUCUUGUGUGUCUUUUGAGCCCUCUGAGAGUUCCGUGUGGUUGGG